AAACUCGCUGCAGUCAUGGAAUAUCUGGCCGCCGAAGUUCUCGAGUUAGCCGGCAAUGCGGCUCGCGACAACAAGAAGACCAGAAUAAUUCCGCGUCAUUUGCAACUGGCCAUCCGCAAUGACGAGGAACUGAACAAACUGUUAUCGGGUGUUACGAUUGCUCAGGGCGGUGUAUUGCCGAACAUACAAGCUGUGCUUUUGCAAAGAAGACAGAAAAGAAAGCUUAAAUUUCUUUUAUUGUCGCUAAAAUCUCGCAUGUUUUCUGACCCUCGAGCAAACGGUUAUUCACGGUCGUCGUGUUUAGGAACUGCCGCUGUAUAG